AAACAAACCCACAAUGACUGCAAUGACCGACUAUUCGCGUCCCACCACGCCAGAGAACGGGGCCAAUGGCGUGGUAUCACCGCGGACGCCGAAGCAAACGGGCCUGGCGUUGACUGAAUACACGGCGAAUCCGAGCCCGCCCUCAGAGUCGCCCAGGCUGAAGGCGAAUGAUGCCAUUCCGCAGGCAUUUUUGCUGCCAACUGGGUAUCCUGAUUAUCUGCGACUGAUCCUCACAUCCCGCGUUUACGAAGUCGUGCAAGAGACACCGCUCACCCACGCAACGAAUCUGAGUAACAGACUGGAAUGCAACGUCCUGCUGAAGCGGGAGGACCUGCAGCCCGUCUUCAGCUUCAAGCUGAGGGGGGCGUACAACAAGAUGGCGCAUCUGGACACGAAGGACCGGUGGAGAGGGGUUGUCGCGUGCAGUGCCGGAAACCACGCCCAGGGUGUCGCCUACUCUGCCCGCCGUCUCCGUAUACCCGCGACUAUCGUCAUGCCUUCGGGGACCCCGGACAUUAAGCACAAGAACGUCUCGCGUCUCGGCGGGUCCGUUAUUCUGCACGGCGCCGAUUUUGAUGCUGCAAAGGCUGAAGCGGCGAGGCUGGAGAAGAUGCACGGUCUCAUAUCUAUCCCACCGUUUGACGAUCCGUACGUCAUCGCUGGCCAGGGCACAAUAGGAAUGGAGCUGCUGCGGCAGACGAACCUACAAGAUCUGGAAGCAGUCUUCUGCUGCGUGGGUGGUGGCGGGCUAAUAGCAGGAGUAGGGGUCUACAUCAAGCGGAUAGCGCCGCACGUCAAGAUCAUCGGAGUAGAGGCAUACGAUGCGAACGCCAUGGUGGAAUCGCUGAAAGCGGGGAAACGCGUGGUGCUGAAGGAUGUAGGACUCUUCGCGGACGGCGCAGCAGUGAAGACAGUAGGAGAGGAAACAUUCAGGAUAUGUCAAGAGGUGGUGGAUGAGGUUGUGCAGGUAACUACGGACGAGACCUGCGCCGCCAUCAAGGACAUGUUCGAGGAUACCCGCUCCAUCGUCGAGCCCGCCGGUGCCCUCGCCCUCGCCGGCCUGAAGAAGUGGGUCAGUCGGAAUCCCUCGCCAAAUUCCAAUCGCGGCCUCGUAGCUGUCGCCAGCGGUGCGAACAUGAACUUCGACCGCCUCCGCUUCGUUGCCGAACGUGCCGCCCUGGGUGAAAACAAGGAAGCAUUGCUCUCCGUUACCAUCCCCGAAAUGCCCGGUGCGUUCGCCAAGCUCGUCUCCAUCGUCAACCCCAUGGCCGUCACAGAGUUCAGCUACCGCUACAGUAGCCCGGAAGCAGCCAACAUCCUCAUCGGCGUCGCAAUGAAAGCCGCGACCCGCGCACAGGACCUGCCCGACCUGAUCGCUCGGCUCGGCGCUGAAGGCAUGACGGCGCAGGACUUGUCCAACGACGAGCUCGCCAAGUCACACAUACGAUACCUUGUCGGCGGUCGAAGUAAUGCCGCGGACGAGCACAUGUACAUGUUUGAGUUCCCGGAGCGAGGGGGCGCCUUGUACAAGUUCCUGCACACGCUGCAGCCCGGCAUGAACAUCUCGUUGUUCCAUUAUCGGAAUUACGGCGGCGAUGUGGCGAAGAUAUUGGCGGGUAUUCAGUGCAAAGAGGAGGACAAGGAUAAGCUGACGGAGUUCUUGAAGACGAUUGGGUACCCCUGGGAGGAGGUGACGAAUAAUGCGAGUUACAAGAUGUUCUUGCGGAAUUAAAUGAGGGUCGAUGAAUGGGGUAUGCGGAGGCGGUUAAUGUGUACAUCCCGGCGCUACGAGGGUUUUCCUUUCUUCCUGGGAUUUGCGAAAAGCUAAUGGGCAUUUUCCUUGAUGAUAUCCCCCAACCUCAACUAGACCAGAUAAAUAAAACGACUUCCCC